AUGACUACCCUUCCUUCGACUGUGGAAUUCGUUAAUCCAGAAGAACUAGCGAAAUUGAUUAAAGACAAAUCUAAAGUUCCCGGAAAGGAUUACGUGGUGAUUGAUGUUAGGGGAGAUGAUUUUGAGGGUGGCAACAUUCCUGGAUGCGUGAAUGUUCCGUCUGGUGUGUUUGUGGAUAAUUUGCAGCAUUUGAUAAAAGAGUAUAGUCAAGUCCCACAAAUAGUAUUUCACUGUGCUCUAUCCCAAGUACGAGGACCAAAGUACGCAAGAAUCUACCGUGAAGCAUUAAUGCUAAACUCAAUAAAAACCAAUCAAAAAAUUCUUAUUCUGUCUGGUGGGUUUGGCGAGUGGCAGAGACGGUUCAAGUCAGACGUGGAACUUGUGGAAAAAUACGAUGAAGAGUUUUGGACAUACUUUGAGGGAUGA